CAUAACGAAUUGAAAUAUCACUCAUCAAAUCUGAAACAUUUUCUAAGUAAACAAGCUUUUCUUAGUUCACUCACAUCAACCAUGGCAAAAUCUUCAUCCUCCUCCAUAACUGUCUUCGUUACUUUCCUCUUCAUAAUAACCCUUGCAACGGCCACUAAUUACUAUCAAAGCCUGUCUCCAACAAUGUUGGGCUUCCAAGAAGAGAAACUAACCCACCUUCAUUUUUACUUCCACGACAUCGUGACAGGCCCAAAGCCAAGCAUGGUAUUUGUAGCUGAGCCCAAUGGCAGAGCUAAAAGCACCCUUCCAUUCGGAACCGUUGUAGCGAUGGACGAUCCAUUGACAUCUGGGCCUGAGCGUGACUCAAAACUUGUGGGUAAGGCCCAAGGAAUUUACACUUCUAUUUCACAAGGGGAGAUGGGGUUAAUGAUGGUUAUGACGUGGGCUUUUACAGAGGGAGAGUUUAAUGGAAGCACCUUAAGCAUAUUAGGUAGGAACAUGAUUAUGAGUGAACCUAUUAGGGAAAUGCCCAUUGUUGGUGGGACUGGGGCUUUUCGAUUUGCACGUGGGUAUGCUCAGGCCAAGUUUUAUUCCGUUGAUUUCACCACAGGAGAUGCCACUGUGGAAUAUGACAUAUUCGUCUUCCAUUAUUAGUUAGGUGUUUCUAAGAAGUAACAUAGUUUAUUUUCGAUUUUAUUAUUUAUUAUUAUUGAUAUUGUGUUUCUCUCAUACUCAACCAAAGGUGAAAUAAGAAAAUAUAAUACCAUAUUUGUUUUGAAAUUUAA